CCUCUCUAGGGUCUGAAAGAACAGACCAUGGUCAACCAGAGCUCCCCAGUGGGUUUUCUCCUUCUGGGCUUCUCUGAACACCCAGGACUUGAAAAGAUUCUCUUCGUGGUUGUCUUGACUUCCUACUUCCUGACCCUGGUGGGCAACACACUCAUCAUCCUGCUGUCUGUGCUAGACCCCAGGCUCCACUCUCCAAUGUACUUUUUUCUCUCCAACCUCUCUUUUCUGGAUCUCUGCUUCACCACAAGUUGUGUCCCCCAGAUGCUGUUCAACCUCUGGGGCCCAAAGAAGACCAUCAGCUUCCUUGGUUGCUCUGUCCAGCUCUUCAUCUUCUUAUCUCUGGGGACCACUGAGUGCAUCCUCCUGACAAUGAUGGCCUUUGACCGCUAUGUGGCUGUCUGCAAACCCCUCCACUACGCCACCAUCAUCCACCCCCGCCUGUGCCGGGAGCUGGCAGCUGUGGCCUGGGUCAUUGGGCUGGUGGAGUCAGUGGUCCAGACGCCGUCCACCCUCCGCCUGCCCUUCUGCCCACACCGGCAGGUGGAUGAUUUUGUGUGUGAGGUCCCAGCUCUAAUACGACUCUCCUGUGGGGACACCACCUACAAUGAGAUUCAGAUGGCCAUUGCCAGUGUCCUCAUCUUGGUUGUGCCCCUCACUCUCAUCCUUGUCUCCUACAGUGCCAUUGCCCGGGCAGUGCUAAGAAUCAACUCUGCCAAAGGGAGGAGGAAGGCUUUGGGGACCUGCUCUUCCCAUCUCAUUGUGGUCACCCUCUUCUACAGCUCAGUCAUUGCUGUCUACCUCCAGCCCAAAAAUCCCUAUGCCCGAGAGAGGGGCAAGUUCUUUGGUCUCUUCUACGCAGUGGGCACUCCUUCACUUAACCCUCUCAUAUACACCUUGAGGAACAAGGAGGUAAAGAGGGCAUUCAUGAGGUUGUUGGGGAAGGAUGUGGACUCCAGACAAAGAUGAGGGUUUGCUGCUAAAUGUGCUUUAAAACUGAGAUCUUUUAUGUAUUUAUCAGUAAGUUGGCUUUCUCCCCCACU